GCCUUUCAUUUUUAUUUUUUUUUCUUCACCUGCACUUCAUCGCAGCUCACAUCUUUGACCUUCAUCUUCACCCCUACACUGCAAACAUCAUCAUGGGAACUCGUGUGUAUUUGGGCCAUCUCUCCAGAGAUGCCUCCGACCGUGAUGUCGAGGGUCUCUUCAAGAACUAUGGAAGACUUCGUGAGGUGACCCUCAAAAACGGAUUCGGCUUUGUUGAGUUUAGCGAUCCCAGAGACGCUAAGGAUGCUGUCUAUGAUAUCCAUGGCAAGGACUUUAUGGGUGAAAGACUGGUUGUCGAACUCGCCCGUGGCGAUAAAAGGGAUCGUCGUGAAGAUAGAGAUGAUCGCAGAUUCCGUCCCCCAGAGAGAACUGAGCACCGUUUGAUCGUCGAGAACCUCGCUCCUGGAGUGAGCUGGCAGGAUAUCAAGGACCUGAUGCGCAAGGCCGGUGAGGUCACUUUCGCCGACAUUAGCAAGGACAACGACAGCCAAGGUGUUGUUGAGUUUUCGUCUGCUGACGAUGUCAAGCAGGCGUUGAGGACCUUAGAUGGCGAGGAUUUGCGAGGCAAGCCUGUGAGCCUUCGUGAGUUCGAUCCAUCCCGCGAUACCGCUCCUCGUGAAAUGGGCCGUGGCGGCGGACGCGACAGAGAUCGUGGCCGUGAUCAUGGUCGUGACAGAGACCGUCGUCGUUCCCGCUCGCGCAGCAGAGAUCGCAACGACAGAUACCGCCGCCACUCUCACUCGCGCAGCCCUCGUCGCGACCGAGACCGCCGUCGUUCCCGUUCACGCAGCCCCCGUCGCGGUGAUAGCAGCAAGGAUCGUCGUUCAGGACGCAGCGCUCGUCGCUCUCGCAGCCCUGCUCCUAAAAACCGCAGCCCUGCCGGAUCCCCUGCCAGAUCCUCUGCGAGAUCUCCUGCCAGAUCCCCUGCGAGAUCCCCUGCGAGAUCUCCUGCCCGAUCGCCUGCCAGAGAACACACGCCCGCUAGAGAGCGCACUCCCUCGAGAGAGCGCUCCUACAGUCCUGUUGCCCGCAGGGAUCGCUCCCGAAGUGCUAGCCGAGACUAGAUCCUGAUUUUACGAUAGUCCCGCAUGCCUUGGACAGGCGUUAUUCAUACUUUUAAUAUUCGUUUUAAUUCUGAUGAAUAAAAACAUAUGCAAUUUGGCUUGAUCUCCUGGACGCACUG